AUGAUCACCGUCGUACCAUCGAAUACGCCUCUGGCGAGUUACCGGGGAGCAGACAUCGGCGGCGGCAGAGCGGCCGGUGCCGGCGGGCAGUCCACGCAGCGGCGCAUUCUACCGCGCGCCGACGGGCGGGCCCUGACCGACGUGGAAAUCCUGCGUCUUGCGGCCACGUACCCUCGGGGCCAGCCGCUGUACCGCCACUCUGGCCAGGCUUUCUUCCUGUACGGCUCGCACGGGCAGAAGAUCGGCGUGGCCAUCCGUCCCGCCGAGGGCGGGGGGUGCGUGUCCUGCUGGCUCCGGCAAGCGGCUGGUGGCGGCGGGCAGUCCACGCAGCGGCGCAUUCUACCACGCGCCGACGGGCGGGCUCUGACCGACGUGGAAAUCCUGCGUCUUGCGGCCACGUACCCUCGGGGCCAGCCGCUGUACCGCCACUCUGGCCAGGCCUUCUUCCUGUACGGCUCGCACGGGCAGAAGAUCGGCGUGGCCAUCCGCCCCGCCGAGGGCGGGGGGUGCGUGUCCUGCUGGCUCCGGCAAGGCAAGAUCACACUCUCGGGGUCCCUGGGGAUGCAGGCGGCACUCCUGGGCGCGGUCCAGAACUGGACCGCGCCGUGGGCUGGUGGCCACGCGCAGGGCGCGGCCCCUCCGGGUCCAGCUGCUCUCGCUGUGCAGCCGCCCCCAGCCCUCGCGCCCGCCGGGGGCCCCGCCGCCGGCGCUGGCCCGGGCGGUGCCGCCCCGCCGGCGGGCCCCGCUGCCGGCGCUGGCUCGGGCGGUGCCGCCGCGCCGGGGGGCCUUGACUGGGUCAUGGCGGACGCCAACGCGGCAGAGCCCGGUAUGGCGCACGACUGCGCCGUCACUGGCCUCACCACGGUCGACAGCGGCAGGGUGCUCCUGAGCGCCGAUGCUGCAGGCACCGCGCACUUCUGGGGCCCGCUGGAGGAGCCUGGCGCCGAGCCGGUGCGUCCGAGCUACACCCUCCAGCUCCAGGCGCCGGCGCUCGCCCUGUGCGCCGAGGGCGCCGGGGGCGGGCGCGCGUACGCCGGGCUGGAAGACGGCUCGUUGGUGCAGCUCUUCUCCGAGGGCGAGGGCGGCGGCUGGGCCGCCCACGUCGUGCAGGCUCCUCCUCUGGAGGCGGAGGGCGCCGCGAUCUCCGCCCUCGCGUGGGACGAGGCGUCCGGCUCGCUGCUGCUGGGGCGAGCCGGCGGCCAGAUCGAGCGGUGGCACCCCGAACUCGAGGCCGUUUGCUUUCCCCUCCUCCACGCCGGCGCCGUGUGUAGCCUGGCCGUGUCGUUGCCCGCCGCGGCGGCCGACGACUCCUGCGAGCAGGUGCGGCACCUCGUCAGCGCCGGCUCCGACGGCCGCGUGGGCGUCUGGGACAUCGACACGGGCGAGCCGCUGUGGGGCUUGGACGGCCUGUCCACGGACCAUCUGGUGGCUCUCGGAGACCGCUCCCGAUUGGUGGCCGCCGGCGCCGUGGUGAACCCCGCGAAGGGGAGCCAGCCGACGAGGCGCUCGUGGCGGAGCCCGCUGCAGCACGUGACGCAGGCCCCCGCCUGCCAAGCGGUGGUCUGCGUGGACAUGCUCGGGCAGCCGCCUGCGGGCGGCGAAGGCAAGCCAGAGCCGUACUGGCCGUCGCCGGAGGAGCAGCGGCUGGCCUUGCGCAGCGGCGUGGCGAAGUGA